CUGCGGGACAGAGAGGCGAUCCUGUGCAGCCGCACUCACCUGCACAGCCCGGGUUCCCACGGCCAGGACGCUUUUGGGAAAAGGGUGAGCAGAUCCGCAGCAGCUCAAACAAACACAACUUGUCUGAGGAUGGCGUCUACGCUGUCUGCACGCAGCUACUCGUUGCGCCUGCCGUCCUUCUCCAGCCUGUCCAUGAGGGACGGCGCUCGGGGCACCGUCCGCUCCAAACCGCCCAUGUCCACAGCCGCCGGCCUAUCACUGUCCCGCUCUGUGUCGGUGGGCAACGGGCUCCACCUGCUGGGAGCCAGUCUGUCCCUCAACGGGCUGGCGGCGGGGACCAGCGAGAAAGAGACCAUGCAGGGCCUGAACGACCGUCUGGCCAACUACCUGGACAAGGUGCGCUCUCUGGAGCGGUCCAACGCAGAGCUGGAGCUGAAGAUCAAGCAGCUGAUGGCGGACAGGCAACCCAAGGGCCACGAUGUGGACAACAUGAUGGCGCAGGCGCACGCCAUCGGACAGGAGGUGAGGAAGAGGACCCUGGAGAAUGCACGCAUCAUGCUGGAGAUCGACAACGCCAAGCUGGCAGCGGAUGACUUCAGGGUCAAGUGGGAGGCGGAGGCUGCCUUGUGUCAGUCGGUAGAACGUGACUGCCAGGCCCUGAGACGAGCGAAGUCUGACCACGAGCAGAUUAUCGCCACGCUGAGAGGGGACCUGGACAGCCUGAAGGAGGAGCUCUAUUUCCUCAAGAAGAACCACGAUGAGGAGAAGAGCACACUGAAGGUCCGCCUGGCCAACGAACAGGUGAACGUGGAGGUGGACGCCGCCCAGGGCCCGGAUCUGGGCGCCAUCAUGGCCGAGCUGAGGGUCCAGUACGAGGGCAUCGCACGCAAGAACAAGGAGGAGGCUGAGACCUGGUACCUCAAGAAGCUGGAUGCAGUGCAGUCGGAGGUGAAGGAGAAUAACGAGGCGCUCCGCUGCGCCCAAAGCGAGCUGAGCGAGAGGCGACGUUUCCUGCAGGCGUUGGAUGUAGAACUGGACAGUGUUCGCAAGCAGGUAGGUGUCCUAGAGGGCAACCUGGGUGAGACGGGCCACAAGUAUUCGGUGGAGAUGGAGCACCUGCAGGCAGUGCUGGCGCAGCUAGAGGACGAGCUGUCACAGCUGCGCUUGGACAUGCAACGGCACAAGACCGACUACGAGCAACUACUGCGCAUCAAGCAGAACCUGGAGAUGGAGAUUGCCACUUACAGGAAGUUGCUGGAGGGAGAGGAACUGGUGAAAGAAAUUCCUCCACCUCCUAAAAAAGACCCUGACGUGCGCACCAGGAAGAUCGUCAAAGUGGUCACUCAGACGAUGGUCAAUGGCAAAGUGGUGGACGAGUCCAGCAAGGUGGAGCAGAUUGAGGAGCGUAAAAAAUGACCCAGUGUGGAGCUGCCCCCCACACCCCUCAAAUGUGCCUUCUGCUCCACAGAUGUUGUCUCACUAUAACCUUAUUUGUUUUCAAUGUAACUCUGCCAAAGGUUGUGACGUACUUCAGAAA